GAAUUGUGAGAACCGGAAGAGCCAAGCUUAGUAGCCACUAGCAGCUUCACUCAAACGUUAAGUGUUGGUUCUUUGCACAUUCGUUAUUAAACGUACCCGUUUAGUAUGACGACGUACGUGGCAAACCAUUAUUGUGACUAAGCGUUUUUUCAUGUUGCCGCUUUGCUAUGAUUUUAUUUGACUCAUAUAACGCUAACUAGUUAGCCAGACGUCAUUUCAGCCAUAGUGAAGCGCUUUCGCUUAGCAUUGUUAGCACCUGUGACAGCUGCGUUGGGGCGAAAUUGAUAACGACACUUGUCAUCCAUUACAACUAGAACCCGAGCGCCGGUGGCUCGGCGAAAGGCGCGUAACUUAGUUUAAAUUGCGUCGCUUGUGAUAAAGUGACGCAAUCGUUGCUGAAUGUGCGGGGACAGAAAAGACUGCGAUAGCAGCUCCAGCUAGCGGCUAACCAUGGGGAGAGCCCUGUUGACUUGCACCUUUCUCUUCGUCGUCUUCGUCUGCGGAAUCACAGAUGCCGAAGAGCCACACGGGAAUGACAGACCGGAGUUAAAGCCCUACCACGAUCCCGAAUCAGAAGAGGACGACGUCCGUUUAAACUCUAAAACUCUACCGCCCGUUUCUGCAACCUCCGCCGCCGCCCCUCACGCUCGUAAUGUGCCAGAAGCAGAGAGGCAUCCAGGAGACUUUCUGCCAGGAGAAGAGAAGGAGGACCUCCCAGAACUACAUGUUCAAGUGCAGAAACGGAAAGAAGUUCCCGUCGUGAACGGCGGCACGGCCGACGGAGAGCCCUGCGUCUUCCCCUUCGUCUUCCAAGGCAACGAGUACUUUGACUGCACCGCCAACGGCCGAGGGGACGGACGACUGUGGUGCGCCACCACGUACAACUAUGACAACGACAAGAAGUGGGGCUUCUGUGAAACCGACGAGCAGGCGCAGCAGAGACUGCAGGCGCAGGAGGCAGAGAAUGAGUACCAGACUUUCCUGCGCAUGCUCAACGGCACCAGCAGGAAGAGCCAGAGGAAAGCGCUGUACGAGAAGCUGCUGAAGGUGGCCGAGGGAGGCCACCAGCGGGCCACGGAGAAGGUGGCGUACGCCAUGUUGUUCGGCGACUACAUGAGUCAGAAUGUCAGCCGGGCUCAGGAAAUGUUUGAGAAGCUCGCUGCCGAGGGUUCCCCCAAAGCGCAGACGGCUCUUGGAUUUCUGUACGCCGCAGGACUUGGAGUCAACUCCAGUCAAGCGAAGGCAUUGGUGUACUACACGUUUGGUGCCCUGGGCGGAAACUUGAUCGCUCACAUGAUUCUGGGCUACAGAUACUGGGGCGGUGUGGGCGUUCCCCAAAGCUGCGAGUCUGCGUUGACGCACUACAAGCUGGUGGCCAAUCAGGUGGCCAGCGACGUGUCGCUGACGGGGGGCACGGCCGUGCAGAAGAUCCGGCUGCUGGACGAGCUGGAGAACCCGGGCUCCACCAGUGGCAUGCUGGAGGAGGACCUCAUCCAGUACUACCAGUUCCUUGCUGAGAAAGGGGACGUGCAAGCGCAGGUGGGACUGGGUCAACUUCACCUGCACGGAGGACGAGGCGUGGAACAGAAUCAUCAGAGGGCGUAUGACUACUUCAACCAGGCCGCCAAUGCAGGAAAUACCCAUGCCAUGGCUUUUCUGGGCAAGAUGUACAGUGAGGGCAGCAACUACCUGCCUCAGAACAACGAGACGGCCCUGCAGUACUUUAAGAAGGCUUCCGACCUGGGAAACCCGGUGGGUCAGAGUGGCCUGGGGAUGGCGUACCUUUAUGGAAGAGGCGUCUCGGUGAACUAUGAGCUGGCACUGAAGUACUUCCAGAAGGCAGCCGAACAGGGCUGGGUGGACGGCCAGCUGCAGCUGGGCACCAUGUACUAUAAUGGCAUGGGCGUGAAGCGUGACUACAAGCAGGCGCUCAAGUUUUUCAACCUGGCCUCGCAGGCGGGCCACAUCCUGGCCUUCUACAACCUGGCCCAGAUGCACGCCACCGGCACCGGUGUCAUGCGCUCGUGUCACACAGCGGUGGAGCUGUUCAAGAACAUGUGCGAGCGCGGCCGCUGGUCCGAGCGUCUGCUGACGGCGUACGGCAGCUUCAAGGAGGGCGACAGCGACGCGGCGCUCGUGCAGUACCUGCUGCUUUCCGAGCAGGGCUACGAGGUGGCCCAGAGCAACGUGGCCUUCAUUCUGGACCAGAAGGGCGCCAAAAUCUUCAACGAAAAUGAGACGUAUCCUCGGGCUUUGCUUCACUGGACCAGAGCCGCUGCUCAAGGUUACACAGUGGCCCGGAUCAAACUGGGCGACUACCACUUCUACGGCUUCGGCACCGACGUGGACUACGAGACGGCCAUCAUCCACUAUAGGCUGGCUUCAGAGCAGCAGAACAGCGCCCAGGCCAUGUUCAACCUGGGUUACAUGCACGAGAAGGGACUGGGGAUCAAACAGGACAUCCACCUGGCCAAGCGCUUUUACGACAUGGCGGCAGAAGCCAGUCCCGAUGCCCAGGUGCCAGUCUUCCUGGCUUUGUGCAAGCUAGGUUUGGUCUACACCCUGCAUUACAUGCAGGACCUCAAUCUCUGGGAGCUGCUCUCUCAGGUGGACCUGGACCAGCUCCUGGGCCCCGAGUGGGACCUCUACCUCAUGACGGUCAUCGCGCUGCUGCUCGGCACCAUCAUUGCCUACCGCCAGCGCCAACGCCAGCACCACAUCAUGAUGCCCCCUCACCCCGCCGCGCCACCAACUCCACCGCCACAACCGCCAGCCGCCGACGCCGCCGAAAUCCAGCAGGAGCAACCGCAAGCCCAAGCCGAGGAAGAGGAGCUGGCGUGAAAACGGCAGGAAAUGAACGAACACUCUGCUGAGUAGCUCGCGCUUGCCGGCUCGACGUGCCCGCAUUCGGGUUCGCUCCCAAAGACUCAAAAUGGCCGGCGUCGGGGUGCAGUUUCUUCACUGGAAGACAAAGAUGUCGGACUCCCGGGGCUCGGGAAC